UGCACUUAGCAUGGCGUGCAAUGCACAUCAUUGAUGACUGAUGCCACCCAUUUCCGGCAAGUCUUUGGUCUUCUGUGGAGUCCACUGAAGAAAGAUUGUGAUUUUUUCCUAUGUUGUGGGCAUUAGAGAAAUGAUAUGAUACUCUAUGGUGUGACGAACGUUAGCCUAGCUCACUCUAUUAAUGGUCAUCAAUGGCUGUUUGCAGGUCUUUCUUUGAUGGAGGCAAAAAAGUUAAGUUCCUAUUUCCAUUUCACUGAGCCUGUUAACCUGAAGAAUAAAACCCUGCUGGAAAAGGCUGACCUCGACCCAUCCACUGACUUUCUAGACUCUCUGGAGCAUGAUAUCCCACAAGGCUCCUGGACUGUCCAGCUAGAGAAGGGAGGCACUGUGGUGGUGCUGCGGAGCCUGCUGCGGCUGGGACUGAUGUUCUACCAUGUCCCAAUGACCGAGCAGUACGGCUAUGUCUGCUUCGGCACUGGCGAGAAGAACUUGGAUCUGCCCUUCAUGCUGUGACUCGCCUGUCUGGGAUGAGGGCUCGAGAACAUUUAGAUUUUAUACUUAGGAGACUUUUGUUUACUGCUUGUUCUAAUAAAUGUGUGAAACCUCUGC